AUGCGGCGUGAAUCGUCCCUAACUGAUGUUUGUAUUGCCAUUGCAGACCACAUCCUGGACAGUGAAGCUUCGCUGGAUGCAGACAUCCGAUACUACCGGGCCGGCACAUACGCGGAGUCAACGAAGGCUACAUACAGAUCCCAGCGGAGGGCGUACCUACGGUUCUGUCUGUAUCACCAGUACACCCCUGUGCCGGCAAAUCCCAAGACCAUAAGCAGAUACGCGGUGUUCCUGGCAAGAACAUUGCAGUAUAGCAGCAUAGUGAACUACAUCAACAUCAUUCGUAUCCUUCACCAGGAGGCGGGGUAUGGAAAUCCUAUGCAGGACAACUGGCUCCUGCAAACUACACUACGCGGAAUCCGCCGGAUUAAUGGUGCAAGCGUCAAGCAAAAGCUUCCGAUCACACCGGACGUUUUGCGUGCCAUCCAUGAGCGACUGGACCUCGACCAAACCCAGGACGUAGUGUUCUGGGCAGCCUGUACGGUGGCUUUCUUUUCCUUCUUCAGGAAAUCGAACCUGUUACCGAAGACAACCAAAACAUUCGAUCCGAGCAAGCAGCUAUGCAGGAAAGACUUUCGUAUCUUUGACUGGGGCGCGAUCAUCACCGUGAGAUGGAGUAAGACAAUUCAGUUUAAAGAGCGGACAUUACAAAUCCCCAUCCCGCGCAUCCCCGGUUCGCCCCUGUGCCCUACUACAGCAUUAGAAACCGCGUUCUCCAGGACCAGCACGGCAGCAGCGGACGGUCCCGCGUUUGUUCUACCCCAGGAAACGGGGCAGGGAGUACGAUUCGCGGCGUUAACGCACCAGCCCUUCGUAAAAACAUUGCGUCAUCUAUUAAAACAAUGCGGCUACAAAGACUCUGAUUACAGCGGCCACAGCUUUCGUCGCGGUGGAGCGACGUGGGCAUCCGAGUGCGGGAUAUCCCCUGACCUGAUAAAACUGCAGGGGGACUGGCGGUCAAACGCCUACCAGCGAUAUACGACAGUCACGUUGAAAGGACGUUUAUGGACUGUAAAAACCAUGGCUAACGCCUUAGUGUAG